CUACUAGACUACUUAGGUUUUUUCCACUUCGGUUUUAUUUUUCUUUUUCAUCUAUAGUUAGAAUUGAACACAACUUUAUCUAUCUAUCUUGUAGUUGUCCCUGUCUUCUUUCUUCCCUAUUACCCUUUCGAUUUUUUUAAGUUUGCCUUAUACAUAUUUUUUGGACCUGGGACGUGCCCAAUCGACCAUUAUUUCUUAGCAUAAAAAUCUGGUCACCACGCAUUUAUUAUAUCUUCCUUUAUUUUCCCCUAGCACUGCAACAAUUCCUUAGUCAAAAAACGAAAUUGACACCCCCCCCCCACAAAAAUUUCUAAUCCCCCCAUCUCCAAAUCUGCACCCACUGCAAAAAUUUCUUAGAAAUUCUUGAUCUCUGGUUUAAAGGUACUGGUCAGAGUUUAGCAUAUAGUAUAGAGGUUGAAUUGAUUACCAAAACCAUACAACCAUCGUAUGGCAGUGAAGAUUAUUUUCUGCAAUUAUGGAAGUGCUCCCAUGUUCCAAUGUAUGUUAUGUCACGGAGUCUGAUUGCCCUCAACAAGGCUCUGGAACUACUCUUAUGUAUGGUGGAAAAUCAAACCACCUUGAACAUGCAGAACAAGUUCAAGCCGGUGAUGUGAAAGUCGAUGACAUAGUUCUUAAUACGAAGGUGUGCCAGGAAGAGAAAGCAGAUGGACAUCAAUGCAACGUUGAGGAAUUACCAACUCCAGACGGGCUCCCUACUGGAGAUGCAUAUUAUGAUUUUGGAGGAGAUAACCAAAUGCUGUCGAAUGAUUUCCAUGAUUCUGGAGAUGACAAUGUUGAGGAACAUGACCAUGUUACAAGACCUGGCCUGGCGUCUGAGCGCCUGCAGCCAGUUGUUGACAACAUUGAAAUUGGAGUCCCUAACACUAACCAGGUGGUGGGAUCCUCUCCCUGCGAGUCCAAGUGGCUUGAAGAAGAUGAACCUCUAGCUGUAUGGGUCAAGUGGAGGGGCUUGUGGCAAGCAGGAAUUAGAUGUAAAAGAGCUGAUUGGCCAUUAUCGACUCUCAAAGCUAAGCCUACACAUGAGAGGAAAAAAUAUCUUGUGAUAUUCUUUCCUCGCACCAGAAAUUAUUCGUGGGCUGAUGUGCUCCUUGUUCGCCCAAUAAAUGAAUUUCCGCAUCCCAUUGCAUAUAAAACCCAUAAAGUUGGGGUGAAAAUGGUGAAAGACUUGACUCUUGCUCACCGUUUUAUCAUGCAAAGACUUGCUGUCAGCAUACUGAAUAUUAUUGAUCAAUUACGUGCGGAGGCUCUAGAAGAGACUGGUCGCAAUGUGAUGGUAUGGAAGGAAUUCGCAAUGGAAGUUUCCCGCUGCAAGGAUUAUCCUGAUCUGGGAAGGAUGCUUUUGAAACUUAAUGAUAUGAUACUGCCGUCAUAUAAAAAAACAUCUUCGAUGGAGUCUUGGAUUCAGGGCUGUCAGAAUGCAAACAGUGCUGAGGCAAUUGAAAUGCUGAAGGAGGAAUUGACUGAUUCUCUUCUUUGGAAUGAGUUGAACUCACUUCCAAUUGAAGCAUUAUAUCUUGAUCUGAACUCUCAGUGGAAGAACUGCAGAUCUGAGGUUAUGAAAUGGUUUUCAGUUUCACAUCCUGUAUCUGAUAGUGUAGAUGUUGAACAGCCGAAUAAUGGUAGCCCAUUGGCGGUGGAGUUUCAGCAGAGCAGAAAGAGGCCCAAGCUUGAAGUUCGUCGUGCUGAGGCACAUGCUUUGCCGCUGGAAUUUCAAGAGUCACCUCAGGCUGUCACUGUUGGAAUUGACACUAGUGUUCUUGGUGGCCAUAGUGUAUCCAACAAUGUACUGUUGGAUUCUGAACCUACAAAAGAUGACAUUUCUCUUGGAGAGGCUCCUCAAAGUGGUUCUCCCGGUAGUAUGACAGAUAGAUGGGGAGAGAUUAUUGUUCAAGCAAACAAUUCUGAGGUCAUUCAGAUGGAAGAUGCGGAACUGACUCCUAUAAAUGGAGUUGUUACUAGUAAUUCCUUUGAUCACGGGAAUAAGAAUCGCCAGUGCGUGGCUUUUAUUGAAGCCAAAGGAAGACAAUGUGUUAGAUGGGCAAGUGAUGGUGAUGUUUACUGUUGUGUGCACUUGGCCUCUCGUUUUGCUAGUAGCUCCACUAAGGCGGAAGCAUCGCCACAUGCUGAUACACCUAUGUGUGGAGGGACCACUGUUCUUGGGACUAAAUGUAAGCAUCGUGCCUUGUGUGGCUCUUCUUUCUGUAAGAAACACAGGCCCCAUGAUGAGAAAGGAUCAGGCUCCAGUUUGCCGGAGAGUAAACACAAGCGAAAGCAUGAGGACAGUGUCCUUAGAUUGGAUACUUCAAGUUGCAUAGAUAUUAUUCUCGCUGGAGAAGUUGAAGCUCCGAUCCAAGUUGAUCCCAUCUCAUUUCUUGGUGGAGCAUCUUGCAAUAGAAACAACUUGAUUGAGACUCCUCAGCAUUUGCAGGCUAAGCCUAGUGGUUCGGAGAUGCAUUGCAUUGGAUUGUGGCCACAUGGAAGUGAGCCUUGCCUAGAAGGUCCAAAACGAUAUUCAUUAUACUGUGAGAAGCAUUUACCAAGCUGGCUUAAACGUGCGAGAAAUGGCAAGAGUAGGAUAAUUUCAAAGGAAGUAUUCUUAGAACUUCUGAAGGAUUGCCACUCCAGGGAUCAAAAGUUGCAUUUACAUCAAGCUUGUGAGAUUUUCUAUAGACUUUUAAAAAGUGUACUUUCUUUGAGAAACCCAGUCCCAAAAGAAGUGCAAUUCCAAUGGGCCAUAUCUGAAGCUUCUAAAGAUGCAAAGGUUGGUGAAUUCUUAAUGAAGUUAGUUUGUACUGAAAAGGAGAAGCUGAAAAGUGCUUGGGGCUUUAGCUCUAAUGAAAAUGCACAAGCUUCCCCUCACAUCGAAGAACCAAGUCCAAUAUUAAGGAUUACAGAUAAUGACCAGGAUCACAAUGAUAUCAUUAAGUGCAAAAUUUGCUCAGAAAUGUUUCCAGAUGAGCAUGUGCUUGGCACACACUGGAUGGACAAUCAUAAAAAGGAAGCUCAAUGGCUGUUCAGGGGUUAUGCAUGUGCUCUCUGCCUGGAAUCUUUUACUAAUAAGAAAGUUUUGGAAGCUCACAUGCAGGAGAGGCAUCAUUCGCAGUUUGUUGAAAAUUGCAUGCUUUUCCAGUGUAUUCCUUGUACUAGCAAUUUUGGGAACUCAGAGGAGUUAUGGUCCCACGUGCUCGCCACACAUCCUGCCAGUUUUAGGUUGUCUCAUACUGCUCAACAGCAUUAUUUUUCCGUAACUCAAGAUUCGUCAGAGAAGCCUGAUAUUGGCAAGUCAGUGCCUUCACCGAAUAUUAAUUUUGAGAACCAGUCUGGUUUCCGAAAAUUCAUCUGCAGAUUUUGUGGCCUGAAAUUUGAUUUGUUACCUGAUCUAGGCCGCCAUCAUCAGGCUGCUCACAUGGGUCCUAAUUCUGUUGGCUCUCAUAUCUCAAAGAGAGGCAUCCGUUUCUAUGCUUAUAAACUAAAGUCAGGAAGACUUAGCCGUCCGAAAUUCAAGAAGGGUCUUGGAUCUGUAGCAUAUAGGAUUAGGAACAGAAAUGCUCAGAAUAUGAAGAGACGCAUCUUGUCAUCAAACUCCAUGAUUAGUGGAAAAUCUAUGAUUCAACCUAGUGCAACCGAGACAGCUGGUCUAGGCAGACUGGCAGAUCCCCACUGCCUGGAUAUUGCAAAGAUACUGUUUGCUGAGAUUAAGAGAACAAAGCCACGGCCAAGUAACUCAGACAUCUUAUCAAUAGCUCGGAUUACUUGCUGUAAAGUUAGCCUCCAAGCCUCACUAGAAGCAACCUAUGGAAUUUUGCCGGAGCGCAUGUAUCUCAAAGCAGCAAAAUUGUGUAGUGAGCAGAAUAUCCUUGUAAGCUGGCACCAAGAUGGUUUCAUUUGCCCCAAAGGAUGUACACCUGUUCGUGAUCCUUGCAUAGUAUCCUCAUUACUUCCCCUUCCUGGUCAAGUGAAUAGAACCAGCAGUAUUCGACCAAAUUUCACUAUUAGUGAGUGGACAAUGGAUGAGUGUCACUACGUCAUUGAUUCUCAACAGUUCAAGCAUGAACCGUCCGACAAAACUAUUCUCUUGUGUGAUGACAUAAGCUUUGAACAGGAAUCAGUUCCGAUAACUUGUGUGGUGGAAGAAAAUCUUUUUGCCUCCCUCCACAUUCUUGCUGAUGGUUCCGAUGGCCAAAUUACCACGAGUUCUCUUCCUUGGGAGAGCUUUACUUAUGUAACCAAAUCGUUGAUUGAUCAAUCCGUUGGUCUUGAAAUAGGGAGUUACCAAUUGGGGUGUUCUUGUCCAAAUUCAGCAUGCUCUUCUCAAACUUGUAAUCAUAUUUAUCUUUUUGAUAAUGACUACGAGGACGCAAAAGAUAUUUAUGGGAAGCCUAUGUGUGGAAGGUUCCCGUAUGAUGAGAGAGGUCGGAUAAUGUUGGAGGAGGGCUACCUAGUCUAUGAAUGCAAUCAAUGGUGCUCUUGCAGUAAAUCUUGCCAGAAUCGGGUUUUGCAGAAUGGAUUGCGUGUGAAGCUAGAAAUAUACAAAACCGAGACAAAGGGAUGGGCAGUCAGGGCAAGAGAAGCAAUCCUUCGCGGUACAUUUGUGUGUGAAUAUGUCGGAGAGGUACUUGAUGAGCAGGAAGCAAAUAAAAGACGCAAUAGUUAUGGAAGAGAAGGUUGCGGGUACAUCUUGGAGAUAGAUGCUCACGUCAAUGAUAUGAGCAGACUGAUUGAAGGGCAAGCGCCAUAUGUAAUUGAUGCUACUAACUAUGGAAACGUUUCCCGUUACAUCAACCACAGUUGCUCGCCGAAUCUCGUGAAUUAUCAAGUUCUUGUGGAAAGCAUGGAUUAUCAGCUUGCACACGUUGGUUUUUAUGCAAGUCGAGAUAUACUUGCAGGUGAAGAACUGACCUAUAAUUACAGAUACAAACUAUUGCCUGGAGAAGGGUCUCCAUGCCUGUGUGGAUCUUCCAAUUGCAGGGGACGUCUUUACUAAAUUCUCUGAUGCUUAACAUGUUGUGCAUUCAAAGCCUCAUGCAAUAAAAACUGUAGAGAUUGGAAUGCAGAGGCCUGGUGUGUUUCUUGCAGGAAGCGAAAAGUUUGUAAAUGUCCUUAGGUUUCCUUAGGAAAUAUCAAAUGGGUUUUCUAUGACCUAGUUUGUCACACCCAUCUGUGAUGUAGUAUUGAAUUUUACUACCAUAGGUUUUUGUAGCUUUUCCUAUUUCAUUUUUCUUCCUCUGUAGUAACUCCAUUUUAAUCAGAAAUGUCGGUAUGGUCAAUUUCCACUCUGAUAGUUGCAGCAGGUUAUCUGA